AAAAUCAAUCAAGUGACAGGCUAUGACGAGGUCGAGCGGCUCAAGAAGAUGGUCGUAGAUGCUGAGAAUAGUCUUGACGAGAGCCGACAGGCCGCUCGCCAAGCGAAAGAAGCUUACGACUCGGCUGUCCAUUCCCGAUCCACUGCCCAACAGCAGGUCAACAACCUUCUCGAGAGGAAGCAUUCUUGGACCGAUACCGACGUAUCGGCAUUCACCAACCUUGUCAGACAAGACCAUUCGUCUUCGAGUAACGUGACGACCACUUCUGCAGCACUACGAGACGCAGAGAGGCGAGUGGACACUGCCUUUUCAGACCUCACCCGAUCGAUCCUACAGCGAUAUCACGAGGAACAAGUAUGGAGUGACAAGAUUCGAAACGUCUCGACGUGGGUCAAUAUGGCCGGUCUGAUCAUCAACUUGGUGGUUUUCCUCGGAGCCAUCGCUAUCGUCGAACCUUGGAAACGGAAGAAAUUGGUUCAGAGGGUCGAAGAGAGAAUGGCAGAGAUGAUGAAUAGGGUCGAGGGUGAAGUGAAGGAAGUAGCGAGAUUGGUCGCGCCCGGAGUGGGUCCAGCGUUGAUCGAGCAAGCCGUCAGCGACUCGGAGGUGCAGCCCAUCGGGACCGACACCUCACUCAAUGUUGUUGAGGAUACAUUGGACAGGCAGGACAAGAUUUCCUCCCUGCCAUGGUUGACAACCGUGUUCCAGACACCAGAGUGGCGGCAUGCGGCGGAUCUAGUUGGGUCUCAUUCAAUAGAUACAGAUCUGGCAUUGGCAGGUGGUGUCUGUGUGACAUUAGGAGUGGUAUUGGGGACUAUAAUAGCGACGAUCGUGAGGUAA